AUGUCUGAACGUGUCUUUUCCAGGACUUCCACCUGGCUCCUCGCUGUUUUUGCUCUGGUGGCUUUGGCCGAGGGAAGUGUUGGGCCGAGCUCCAACACCAGCUUCUGCACGGAGUCCAAGGAGUGCCUGGAAUACGAUCUGGUCUGCAAAACCGACGAGUAUGAGGUGAGCCGUGCUCACCGGGGGCUCCCUGGGGCCCCGCUGGGGAUCCCUCAGGGCUCCCCGCUCACCCCCGGAUCCGCUUCCCGACCGUUUCAGGUGCGACACUACAGCCCCACCCGCUGGGUGUCCACGGACGCUGAGGCCUACUUCAUGGGCGUGGGCGCGGCCAUGGCGUUCAGGAGGCUUUUCCAGUACAUCACCGGAGCCAACGACGCAGGUCUGGAGAGGGAAGAGGGGGGCGUUCAGAUGGAGAUGACCGCCCCCGUCCUGGUGAAGAUCCCGGAGGAGACCAAGAUGUGGGAGCCGGCCGUGUACACGCUCAACUUCCCCCUGCCGGCCGCCUACCAGGAGCAGCCCCCCGCCCCCACCAGCGACAAGCUGUACUUCACCGAGAUGCCGGAGAUGGACGUGUACGUGAGGAGCUACGGGGGCUGGAUGCUGUCGGUCACCUCCCGGCUGCACGCCCACGUGCUGACCAAGGAGCUGGAGAGAGUGGACGCGUGCUACAACCGCAGCUUUCACUAUGGAGUGGGCUACGACAGUCCCUUGAAGCUGCUGAACAGGCACAACGAGGUUUGGUACGUGGCCGAAGGGCAGCCCGUGUGCACGGACCCCCGGGAGCCCACCCCGGCUCACACCCCUCAGCCCACUCCGUCCAGUCUGCCCGCUGACCCCCCGUCCGGGCCCCUGGCGCAGAUGCUCUCCGACGGGCCCUCGCCGGCCCUCUCCAACGCGUCCACCGACGCGUCCUCCAACUCCUCGUCCCAGCCGGCCUCUGACCAGGCCUCUGACCCGGCCACCGUCCAGCCCUCCAAAGCUCCGGCCGGCCUGCCGUCCGAGCUGCCCGCCGACGCCACGUCCGGCCGGCCCUCCCCCUCCCCCUCCGCCGUUAGCUCGCAGGAUCUGGCCGCCGGCUCCUCCAGCCCCGCCCCCGUCAGCCCGUCAGUCCAGCCGCAGCCCGCCGCCGGCCAGGGGAACGCCACGUCAGUGGACGCAGGGGCCGAGCCCACCACCACGGCCCAGCCGGACAGCACCCAGCCGGACAGCGCCCAGCCGGACAGCGCCCAGCCGGACAGCGGCCACUAGCAACCCCCCCCGGUACCACUCCAGCCUCCACCGACCUGAAACCCAAACCCAGAUCCAACCCCAGAGGCACUGGACACACAUCCUGCUCUUUCCGUCCCGUCUCUCUGUUUGUGUGUACGUCAUCGACUCUUUAUGGAACUUAAUGUCGCGUGUGUUCGCUCCCAGCUUUGCACUUGCACCCCCCCCCCACCCAACCAACCCCAGCUGGUGGUUAUCCAACAGCUGCAUCAUAGAAUUAAGUAACGUCUGUGUUAGUUUACCAGUCAGUGUUCAAAUGUUGUCCUGUUGAUUAAUGAAGCUAGCACAGUGGGAAAGAACAUGUGUUUUUAACAGCAGUUUAGCCAAAAACUGGAAAUCUACAUGUGACCGAUAAACAUAACGCCGGCCAGAGUAGGCCGUGAUAAUAGAAACUCAGCUAUCUUAGUGUGGACUCUGAUUCCGUAGUUAGCCGCUCUGGAAACGUUGUGUCCAGCCUUAACCUCCUCUGAGCUUCAUCAGUUACUGUCAUAAUCAUAAUCAGUUUAACCUGUGUGCUCAUUGGGAUCUUGGGUGAAACACUGAGCAUUCCUUCUAAUAGUAAAUUUUCCCAAAUUGUCAUUUGGGAAGAUUUCAUUUGUAAUUUAACUGUAGUUCAGGCUUAUUCUGUGUAUCUGUGCUCAAAAGUGCUUGCUAAGCACUGGCUGUAUGUUUUAGCAAAUAUACAUUCAGAUGUUUUUUCCAGCUAAUCCAGAAACAUGUAAUACCCCCAGCAGUUUUUUGUAACUUAUUGAUUGGACCGACAAAAAUCAAUGGUAUUGUUUCUAUAUAGCCCUAAUUCACAACAAAGACUUAAAAGCCACAAUCAAACAUACAGUCAUAAUCUACUUCGUUGUAAAUCAUAAAUCGAUUUGGAUUCUCAGACAAGGGCUCUGAACAAGAAGAACAUUGAAUAGUUGCUAGAUCUUCUGUGAAGGUUUCAUUUGUAAUUAGCUCAUUUGUUAUUUUAUUAAUCCGAACAAGUCUGCUUUUAAACUUAGGUGUAUUAUUAGUACCAGAAAAUGCUGAUUUUUCUUGUAAAUGUUGUAAUCCAAAAUGUUUUUCGGGGCAUUCAUAAAAUGACCAACCUAAGCAUCAGUAUGUUUUCACCAUUUUGAGUGGGAUUCACAUAGUCCAUCAUGUAAAAACAGUAAAUCUGUUAAAACUCUACAACUUAACACUGCUAACCCUAACCCUCUGAAUGUCCAAAGUCAUUGUUUUCUUUUGGAAAAAGAUCAAGCUUUUGACCUCGAGAGGUACUAGAGCACAACACCGUGACGAGAACAUCAGGACUUUAGCUGGAUCCGAUGUUCUUAAAGGAUACUGAUGGUGUGGGAGGUCAAGGGGAACACAAUGCACAUUAUUUCAGAUGAUUUGUAAAUCGAGAUGAAGAAAAAGUUUUAUGAAAGACUGAAAUUAAAGACUGUAUUAUUUGAUAAAAAAGAAAAUUCAGGCCCUAAGAAACAUGUAUUUGAUUAAAAAAACACUUGACUGUUCACCAAGAUGGGACUAAUCAGAAAUGAACUAUCCCAAUUUACAUUUACUGUAGUUAAUGUGCAGAAAGUCUUUUUCUCUCUAGUGUUGAAUCUGUCCCGACAUCUUCUUUAAUUCUGUAAGACGAGCAAUCAGCAUUUCCUAACAGAACAGGAAGUGCUCUGUAAUACUGUUACGUACUUUUAGUAGGACUGCACCGAUGAUCCCAAAGAAUACCGCCUGCUCACAGCAAUGCAAUAACACGUAUAGUAGUGCACACAGUCUGCAAAGUGCAUUUCAGAGCUAUGUUCUAAAUGUUCUGAAGAAGUUGCAAUAAAAUAAUAAAACAUUGUCGGU